AUGCCGCAUAUUACUACGCCCUUUUUCGUGACAUUGCGCAGUGGUGAGCGCCUCCGACUGAACUCGGGAGAUGACGGUCGGCUCCCACGUUUUCUCGCCGCUGUGAAAACGCUCGUGUUCACGCGACAGUUGCCUUCCAACGCGACUACUGCUGUUGGUGCAACCCCAACCACUGCGACUGUAUCGGUCAUUGCCCAUAGCAACGGAGGCGAAGGACAUUCCGACUCCUCCAGUUUUACCAUCUUCAGCCACACCUUCGACGUGGUUAUUGGCGUAAACUCUGGGAAUGGGAAAAAGAGACCGAGGGAAGAGGAACCGAAGGGAGAGAGGGCAGGUGCCGCCUCCCACUCCGUCUCCACAACUGACACUUUUUCCGUCCGACUGCGCUCACCCGUUUGGCUGACGUCUGGGGACCUGGUUAACGAGUUGGAGGUGAAGAGCAUGUUUGGUAAAGGUGCGGAUGAUGGUGGGAUUUGUGCCGUGACACUCUGCGGUACACAACAGACGAUUCUAUCAAAACAACAAGUGUCGCUUUUGCGGUCUACCACCGAAUGA